AUGCUGUCUAAGCACAUAGAGUUCAACGAACUAUGCUUGGAGAGUGGGAACCCUGAGGCACACUAUAUUGAGGGCAUUCUUCAAUUGUUCGUAAAGGAAGACGAGCAUGCAGGCCUAUAUCAUUUACGCCAUUCAUCGGAUGGAGGUUAUAUAGACGGUACGUAUCUUUAUGGUUUGUCACUGCUUGCCGUAGAACGAUUUCAUAAAGGUCAGAAGUAUUUGGAUAAACUGGGAUGGAAGGAAAAUCGUUCAACCUCCGAUCAAUGCUGGGAAAGAGUCAAGAAAUCUCUGACUGAUAUCCCGUACUUCAUGAAUCAAGGCUACUAUAUAGCUCGUGCCAACCUUGAGACACUCUGUGGUUGCCGCUCAAGGAAAAGACGUGGUCGAGUAUGCAACCAUGGUUACUACUAUGAAAGGCUUAAUCAAUUUGUUGAGUUUGCUAUGAGUAAAAACAACUAA